AUGAUCGAGGUACCUCCGAUCUCGCAUUACAAUUCGCUCCCAUUGCUGCGAGGCCUUGCAUUGGUGUUCCCCUUAUCAACUUCGACGCUUUAUCUCUACCAGCCUUCCCACCUUUACAUGCUGCGAAAGCAUCUCCGCUCUCCUUUCAUUGUGACGCCUCCCUUGCAGAAAGGAUCCAGCGAACGCGAACGCGAAGUGGGAACGGUGUGUCGCAUCGAGGAGGUGAUUAGUGUGGGAGAAGAUGGCUCGUUGAUGUGUGGAAUUGGGCUUAUGGAGUAGUGUGCUGUGCCGAGUUCGAGGGGAUCAGCGCGUGGUUGUAACGCAGACACAUCGAGUUGUGGAAGAAAUGGGGUCGAUUGUGGGAGAUGCCCAGCUGCUCAGCGACAAAGAGGGAGAUUCGUGUAGGACUUGACAGUGAGUGAUGGUGAUGUGAAGGCGAGGAUGAAUCCAGUCCUUCCUGGAAGUUGAUGGCCUCGAUACGAGAAUUACUUCAGACGAAGUAUCAGGGGAAAGAGCAGGUUCUGAAGGAAAUCACAAAUCGAUUUGGAACGAUGCCUUACCAUCCGACCUUGUUUAGUUUUUGGUUGGGGUCUUUUUUGACUGCGUCAGGGAGGGAGAAGGAGGAAUGGUUUGGAAUGUCGAGCACAGAAGAGCGACUACGAUCCAUGCAGCAUUUUCUUGAGAAGUAAUUUUUGUAGGAAUA